AUCUGAGAAACGACCAAUGGGAUUGGGGGGAGGUGGAGUUAACGUCUACGAAAGUUCCUCGCAUCAGCACCAGUGGAGAGAACGUUCCAUCUCAGCCUGCCUCCCCGACUCUGUCAUAUUCUUGCAUUGCAUUUUCUUUGUAAUAACCUAGCAUUCAGUUCGUUUGCAUACCAACGUCGAAUUGUUCAUACUUCACUGAAAUAAGGAGCGUUUGAAAACAUGUUGGCGUGCACGGAAAUGAUCACAAUGUGUCUUCAGUCGGCGAAACGGCAACAUAUUCUUGCCCAACAGCAGCAGCAGCAGAAAAUCCAAAAUCCUGUUCACGGACUUUCCAUUUUUCAAGAUAUCUUUCGGCGUGCAGACAAAAAUGACGAUGGCAAGCUGUCCUUUGAGGAGUUCAAGGCCUACUUCGCUGACGGGAUCCUGACUAAGGAUGAACUGCAGGAGCUCUUCUUCUCCAUCGAUGGCCGCCAGAACAACGACCUUGAUAUAGAAAAGCUAUCAGACUACUUCUCCAAGCACCUGGGGGAAUACCUUAACGUUCUCUCAGCGUUGGAAAAGCUCAACGUGGCCAUCUUGACUGCAAUGGACAAGACCAAAGAGGAGUACCAGGGCUCGUCGGUGCUGGGCCAGUUUGUGACUCGUUUCAUGCUGCGCGAGACGUCCAACCAGCUGCUGUCGCUGCAGAUGUCCCUGCAGUGUGCCAUGGAGGCGGUGGAGGAGCAGAGCAGCCCCGCCAGUGAGGAGGUGAAGGUGCCAGAGCUCCUGGCGGUGGAGAAGAACAACAACACUAACAACAUCAACACCAACAUCAACUUCAGCAGCAUCAGCAACAUCAGCAGCAUCAACAUCAGCAAUGCCAACAGGAGAUGCGGCCGCAGGACUCAGAAGAACCUCUGCCUGUCCCCCACAGACCCCUACUCAGGCAUCCUAACCACAGGAGUGACUGUGGACACAGAUGAGCACUGGUGCUCCCAGAUCAACCGGCUGCAGCACCUGAUCGACAAGCUAGAGUGCCAGCAGAGUCCAAAACUGGAGCCCCUGAACGAGGACCCACUGGCUAGCACAUACAAGUCUAACAUCCUGCUGGUGCAGAGGCAGAUGCUGGUGGCUGAGCAGGACAUGGAGCUCUUCCAGAAGGAGCUGCAGAACUAUGCAGACACCACCACCAACCACAGCGACAACCUGCAUGUGUCUAUACAGAAACUGCCGGAGAAGUCCUGCUACAUAAUGUAUGAGUUUUGGCAGGAUCGCAUCGCCUGGAUGAGUUACUUACAGUCUGAGCCCAGUAAGACCUUCCAGCGCUGUAUCAUUGACAUGUUGGAGGAUCCAGAAGCAGUCUCUACUAUGCUCCUGCCAGCCUCGUGGUGGAUUAUGGGUAAUCACUAACAGCAAAUGACUAACGAGUCCACCGCAUCCUGAUGCCCCCGCCCCUCCCCAUCCUUCUACUGUAUGCAGAGAAGAAACAAGCGCCCACGAUAAGAACGACUCUUUUAAAGAAUCUACUGCGUGUUUGCUAAAAGCUAAGACGCCUGUGAUUUCCCCCCCUCCACACACACACACACAUAUUCCCUCGCCCUGUUUUCUUUUUUUCUUUCUCCUGAUUGUGUCAUCACGUGUCAUUUAAAUAUUGAUAGUUCCCUCCCUUGUGUGGGCUGGGGAAAAUAAGCUACCAACGGGCAUGCGAGUCUUCUUUCCUCUUAUGCAUGUAUAGAAAAUCAGUCCUUCAGUUUCCUUGCAUAUGCCAGUGGCAAAAAGAAAAGAGGCUUUGAAGCAUGUCUGUGGCGGCAAGCCUAGGAGCACACACACGCUCCUUGAUUAGAAGACAUGCUGUGGCCAGGAAAUGUGAAACAUAGCAGACACAAGCAUCAGAAAAAUGCAUACACAAGAAAUCAUCAGAAAAUGCAUACUAAUCACAUACAGAGCUCAUAUACAAAACCUGAGGUUUCUAUUUAGUCCUCAGAGUAGUGAACGGUUUAACAAAAAAAUACAAAAAACAAAGAUACAACGAUAACCGUGUCUUUAAGGCAAAAAAAUAAAUGCAUGCCGAUUUAACUUUUUUUCAUCUCAGAGAAAGGGAUGAUUCCUUGGCAUAAGUGGGAAAAUGUGGUGUUGUGGAUCUAGAGUAUCUUAGUGGGGUGAGCACACUAGGUGUUUCCUCAGGGGCCUCUAAGACAUUAGCCUAUCUACAUUUCAUCGUUCUGGUAUGAUCAUUUAAAUAUUAUGCUUAUCUUCGAUGAUAAUAUUUAUUUAUUUUUGGUGUGUGUAUUUGAACAUACCUGUCACUGUGUUUCAGAUUUGAUUAAUUAAUAAUAAUAAAAAGAGUUUAUGUAUUUUUGUGGCAUCCAUUGUACCUACCCAA